AAUAAAUAUACAAAUUAUGUUAUUACCAAUUUUUAUUAUUAUGGAAAAGCCCGCACUAAUAAAAAUUUAAAAAAUUUAUCUCUUCAUCGAUUAUUGAGUUAUCCUAAAAAGUUGUUUUACACUUUCUACAUACUAGCUGUAUUCUGGUUUGCCUAUUUAUUUUACUUCUUAAUUGCAGUUUAUAUGCUAAAUAAACAUCCCCCAUACAUAAUGUCUAUAUUGAGAUAUAGUUGUGUCGAGUUUAACAAAAGAUCAACAAAUAUAGAUGAAUUAAUUACGCGUAUCUAUUUAGUAUGCUUUUUAAUGAUGUGCCACACUUCCCGCCGACUCUACGAAUGCAUAUUCAUUAGCAUUUAUUCCUCGGACGCUAAAACUUCUAAAAUAAGUAUUUCCCAUUUAAUCUUAGGUUAUACGUACUAUAUCAUGCUGGGCUUGUCUCUGAUAUCCGCAGCACCACAGAUAGAUAGGUGGAAAAAACCAAUUUUUCGGAUGAAUUUCAAUCAUUUGAUGGGAUUUAACAUACUAUUCGGCGUUGGUCUAUUCGUGUUAGCCAACAUUUCUCAAUUCAAGUGUCACACUAUAUUGGCUAAUUUAAGAAAAGAUAAUAAAGAUAAAAUAAUUAAUCGGAACUCAUAUUUUAUACCACGCGGCUUCUUAUUCGAAUACGUUACUUGCCCUCAUUACUUUUGCGAAAUUCUGAUAUACAUCUCAACUUGUCUAAUUUUGGUAGGAAAUUAUGGUUACGAAAAUUAUUCGACUUUCCUGACCUGGUAUUUAGCUAGCUUUUUCGUUGUAACCAAUCAAAUUUGUGCAGCAAUUAUGCAACAUGAUUGGUCGAUCAAAAAAUUUGGCGCGGCUUAUCCAACCAAUCGUAAAGCAAUAAUUCCCUUCGUCAUUUGAUUGAGAAAUAAUAAACUUUAAUAAAAUUUUUUUGCUAUUGUAUAUUUAUUAUUGUUAUAUUUUUUAUAAUUAUAAUAAUUAAGGUUAGGGCUGCACCGAUAUUAGAUCGGUGUCAAUAUUUAAAUUUUGAACAUAUGAAAUCAGUCGAUAUUUUCAUAAAACUGAUCCGAUUUUUAAAUAAUAGAAUCGGUCGAUAUUUUUAUAAAAUCGAUCCUUUUUAAAUAGGUUUCUCUUAAACAUUAAUUUAUAUUGUAACUUCGGUUUUCAUAGUGUUUUAAUAAUAUAUUAUAAAUAUCGUACGCUGGUAAACGGUGUUCUUUUUAAUAUUUUAGAAGAACCUUGAAUCGAGCCUAUUUUUCAGGUCUAUUCCGAAUUCCAUACAAGUUGCAAAAGAUUUAUUUACAAAAGAUUUGUUUUAAAAAAAUUUGUCAUUUUUAGGUAAGAGUUGGUCAAAAAAAAUUGGCUUCUUUAGAAAAAUGCAUAGAUUUUUGUUCUCAAACUCUGCUAUAGAAUGAUAGUAUACUAAUACUUUCCAAGUUUUAAUAAAUUUUCUAUUUUUACCUUAAAUAUUGUCAAAUAAUUUCAAAUAUAAACAUCUUUUGUCCAUUAUUUGGGGAUUUUAAUAAAGACCUUUUUCAAAAUGUAAAAAUUAUUUAUCAAUGCAAAUAUCGGAUCGGUCUUAUGUCAAUUUAAGUUCUCAUCGGCAUCGUUGAAAAAAAAAUAGUUGAUCAAUGCAACCCUAAUUAAUAAUAUAUUGUCAUAAUAUUUUAAUUUUUACUUUAUUUACAUUUACCUUUUAUUGUAAGAAAAAAAUGUGAUUUUAUUAGUUCUAGUGAUUAUAAUCGUGGAUUUUUAGUAAUUUUUAUUUGUGAAUAAUAUAGAUAUGAUAAUUAUUAUUCUGAUAUAUAUCAGUAACGAAGCGUCAAGUUUACUUUAAACCAUGUCUGCCCUUGACAGUAACCUGUAAGGUAGAAUUCAGGCAAUUAUGAGGUUGGACCAUGUCGCAAUCUAGUCUAUGACCUAGUGUAACUCUUAGUUGUUCAUUAGUUAAGAGAUUCCCUAAGUUUUUACUACAAAUUUCAAACCACUCCCACUAAUUUAUCAUUAUUUUGAAAGUGUUGGAUGUCUUAAAGGGAAAAGAGGUGGAUAAAAUAUAGGAUUUUGGAAUUAAGGGUA